AUUAGUUACCAAAAUGGCGGUUGUCUGCGGUCGAAAUCUGCGUUCUUUGUGUGGAGUUUUUCGAGCUUCUUUGGGCCUAAAUGUAAGAUAUUACUUAUAUUUAAACAAUUUUGGUGGUAUUUUUGAGUUUUUUUUGUAAAUUUAUCGUCGAUCUUUUCUUGAAAUUGAUUUCUUUUGCGGCUGUAGUUUUAACAUCACAUGUGUGGAGUAGAUUUUUGCUCAGAGUUUGAAGUUGCCAAUAGACAGCUUCGUAAUCUAAAUCGUGCGCAGCUGUAAACUUGUACUUACAAGCACUGUACAUUAUUUUAUCUCUUGUAAGAAAAUUCCCCAAAACGGUUUGUCGAUGUCUUCAGCGAGAAAGUAUACAAAUGGAAGCGUAGCAGGUGAGCUUCAGUGUCCUAUAAUUAUCUCUGCCCCAUGGAAUCCCCCUCGAGAAGUCGAGCUGUACUUAAACGCCUCCUGGGAGCUGAAAUGGAUCCGGGGGAACGCCCUGAACCUUAACUCCCCCCCACUCCCUCCAUUUUUCCCUUUUUUAUAACUAUUUAUGACUUUAAAACUACCCCUUUAUUUAUCUUUCAAUGGAAUUGGUAAUCCAUUCAUCCACAAUGAUUUGCUCCUAUUCCUUGGUGAACACCAUGGUUAUCACUGCAAUCAAUUGUACUAUUCCAACUCUAAGAGAUGAAUCCUAACCAGAUUGUGCAUAGAAUAAACUUUUUUUUUCUCUUUAACCCUUUAACUCCCAUAAGUGAUUAAUAUGAAACUUCUCCCCAUUAUAUUCAUACAUGAUCCAGCAAACAGGUGAUGAUAAUACCCAAACUUAUCAGGUAGCAGGUAAUUUAGUGUUAACAACUGAGUUGAAAACAUAAAUUGGCCAUCAUAAAGAGUAAAAAAGCUGACGUUUCAAGUGUUAGCCCUUCGUCAGAGCAAUAUAAUCGCUCUGACGAUACAAUUGCUCUGAUGAAGGGCUAACGCUCGAAACAUCAGCUUUUUUAUUCUUUAUGGUGGCUAAUUUACAUUCUCAACUCAGUUAACACUAAAUUACCUGCUAUACUCUCCCACUGAUGCAGCACCACAGUUUAUUUAGAAACUUACCCCUUUUAUUCAUUUAUCAGGUAGAAGUGUUUAUCUUGAUGUAACACUAAAUUCUCAUAACUAAUUUACUAGAAAAUGUUUAGAAGCUAGAGGGAGGAACUGACAAUCCCAUCUUGGGAGUGAAAGGGUUAGUUAGGUUUCCCCUAGACCAAGUUGAGUUAUAUAACAACUAACUGUGUGGUUUUGUCUUUCAUAGGUAUUGUUCGAUCUUCCACCAAAGCCUUGCAACAACAUCCUAUUAACAAAUUUCAACAUCCAGGAUACUUAGUGCAACAGAAACAAUUAUUCCAUGGUCAUGGUUCUCUAACUGUUCCUUUUUUGUGGCGAGAACCAAGUCUAGCAAGGCAGUCAACAAUUGUGUACUCAGCCAUAAGAAAUAAGCCUUAUCCUGACCUUGUGUUGAACAGCACAAGACUUUUUGCAACAGUUAACCAAUACCGUUGGAAAAAAGUAAGAACCAAGGCAGAUAUGCCAAAGAAACAUAUUCCAAAAUCAAAGCGAAUCCUUUUGGGUCCUCAAAGGAAAGGUGUCUGUAUCAGAGUCUUCGUAAGAAAACCUAAGAAACCAAACUCUGGCAACCGGAAGUGUGCUUUGGUAAAAUUGAGUAAUGGAAAAGUAAUCACAGCCUAUAUACCAGGCGAAGGAGCAGUGUUACAGGAACAUGCAGUGGUAUUGUUUGAGGGAGGCAGAGUUCAGGACUGUCCUGGAGUCCAAUAUAAAAUUAUAAGAGGGAAAUAUGACAUGAACUAAUAAAAAAAAAAGGCAUGUUUAGUAAGUAACCCUUUCACUCCUAAGAUUUGAUUGUCAAUCCCCCAUCUCUAGCUGCUAAAUGUGUCUUUGUAAAAUAUAUAUCUACCUGAUAGGUUUGAGUUUCUUCAUUACCUGUUUGCUGGAUAACGUAUUGGUUAGAGUUUAUAUGUUAAUCACAUCUGUGAUUUUAAGGGUUACCAUGAGAUGAACUAGUCUUUGAGUUGUACCUUUGGUGACUGAGUUGUGGUUCACAGUACAGCUGGAACCAAUGCCUGUUACCUGCAGGGUUUUAUGCGAUGGGGCUUGUUACAAUACCAUAUGACAGCAUAUGCUCUGCGAUCAUAAGGGAACUGAAUUUGUAUUAACGUUGAUUGACACACA